AGUGGAGACCGAAAGGCGCAAUGCGGACAUGGGUGCUGUGCCUGCUGUUGGGGCUCGUGUGCCUUAUCGCCAUAUCCAUCGCCACCCUGGUGCUUCAGCUCCCGCCCGAACUCCUGGCUAGCUCUGGGCCCGAAAAGGAUUCGGGCCAGGACGGCCCGCCUCUGGUGCCGCAGAAGCGGAAGGGAGACCUAACCAUCAUCGGGCCUGCAAAUGACGUAUCCGACACGUUUGAUGGCGUUGACAGGGACACGGGGCCACCGCAGUCGCUGCUAGCGCCACAGGACCCGCUACCCGACGCCUAUCUGGUUCCUUCGGCGGGCAGUUCCCCAGACACACCCAGCCGAGGAGGUGGCAACAAUGACCUCGAGACGAACGUAGACGUGCUCAGCCCCACAGACAUAAGCAUCCCAGUUGAAGCAGAAACAACCGCGCCCGCUCCGGUUACAUCGUCGCCUAGGUUUCCCGAGACCACCGAAGAUGGCCGUCCACUCGUCAAUACUACGACCGGCAGGGUGGCGGGCUUUAAAACGGAGGUGCUCGGUCGCACGCUAGACGUUUUCCUUGGUAUUCCCUUCGCUACGCCGCCCGUAGGAGAGCUCAGAUUUAAGAGACCGCUGGCAGUGCGACCAUGGGAUACCGUUCUGGACGCGAAGGAGAUGGGUCCGCCGUGCUACCACAUUUCUUUCGCAUCCAGCUGGAGCUGGGCUGCCAGCAAGAAACCCGAAAGCGAAGAUUGCUUGCACUUAAACGUGUGGUCUCCCGACACAACAGGACGCAACACGACGAAUGUCUCUACAGGACUGAGACCCAUGAUCGUAUUCAUUUACGGUGGAGGUUUCAACAUCGGCUCCACGGACUGGGAGUUCUACGAUGGUGGCGUGCUUGCAGCUUACGGUGACGUUGUGGUGGCCUCCAUGAACUAUCGACUCGGGGCACUGGGCUUCCUCAACGCGGACAUCGAAGACAUCCCUGGUAACAUGGGGCUGUACGACCAGCACCUGGCUCUACGCUGGCUACACGAGAACGCGAGAUCCUUCGGCGCCGACCCUGCUCAUGUGGUGCUUAUGGGAGAAAGCGCUGGCGCCGUGUCUGCUGGCCUGCAUCUAAUUUCGCCCAUGAGCCGCAACAUGGUGAAGCGCGUCAUCCUGCAGAGUGGCAGCCCGUUGUGGGACACACCGGACAACACGGCCGACGGAAUUAAGAAGGCCACAGAGUUCGCGGAGAUCUUCAAGUGCGCCAACUCCACGUACAACUUCCAGGAUGGGGCCGCAGCCGAUGACGUAGUUCGCUGUCUGCGCGAUAUCGACGCUGACACGCUCUUCCGCACGGCCGAGAAGGCCCUGGGAAAGCGUGUGCUCACGUACCACCCUCGGCACGGCGAUGACUUCAUGCCAAUCAACGCGCAUGAGGCUCUCAAGCAAGGACUCUUCAAGGACUCGGACGUGCUUCUGGGUGUCAACAAGGACGAAGGCAGCAUCUUCGUCGCCAACACGCUUCCUUACAUUUUUCUCAACAGCCUAGCGCCAAACAUAACCAAAGAUGAAGCGGCGUUCUACCUCAUCUUCUUUUUCCAGUACAUCAUCCGGACAGGUACUCGCGACAUCAGGGACCACUACUUCAAGAACAUCAAGGACCGAGACUACCCGAGCGUUCGAAACGCAUUCAUCGAGGCUAUCGGCGAUUAUCUUCAAAUUUGCCCUACCAUUUACUACGGUGAGGUGUACUCGGAGUUCAACAACAGCGUCUAUUUCUACCACUUCUUGCACCGUCCCAGCAACAGCUACUGGCCAGAGUGGCUGGGCACGGCGCAUUUCGACGAGGUGGAGUUUGUGUUUGGUGUGCCCCUCAGGUUCCCCGACCAGUUCACAGAAGAAGAGGUGAUGUUCUCGCGUCAAAUUAUGGAUAUCUGGAUGACCUUCGCGAAAACGGGCAAGCCGCCGGCCAUGGAUGGCACGCCAUGGCCUCGCUUCUCGGAACUUAACCCGGUGCACAUGGAACUGAGCCCCAAGCGGUUCCGGCUGGGCAAAGGGUUACACGCCGACCACUGCCGAUUCUGGAAGAAGUUCAUUCUCAAGUGACGUACCCCGCAUCCUCAUCGUAG